AUGCACGUCACUUUGACCGUGAUUGUCGUAUAUUCCCUCAAGGGCGUCGUGAACGGAUCAUUCAACAUAGAUCGUCUGAGGCAUCAAACAGCAAAUCCAGAUGCGCUGGUGGAAACCAGUGGUAUGAGUCAACAGGCACUGACACAGUUGUAUCAACAAACCAAUGCGCCGCAAUACACGCUGAGUUUGAUCCAAUGGGAAUUGAUGCAAGCGCUCAAAGAAGGCGAAAUUUCCGACAUUAUCUAUACCCAAUUAAAUGAACAUCUUAGGUUCAUUACUGGGUUUAGCAACACCUUUGCUGGUGGGGAAACCGACUCCUCCACCGAUUCAAGCCCAUGA